UACCAAUAGUUUAUGCAGUAAUUUAAUGCUGGUUAACGUUAAUGUAAGAAAUUGCAGGAACAAUAGUAAAUAGCAAUAGACAAAAAGCUCCCUCAAAUGUUGAAGGAGGGAAGUAGUCCAAAAACCUAGUGCAAAAUCACAUUCAGGUCUGCCUCCGUUCUGGCUAUACAGAACAUCCAUUUAUAUAUAUAUAUGUAUAUAUACUUUAUAGGUAAAAUAGAAUCUUUCUUUUGUAUUUCACAUUGAUGGAGUAAAAUGGCUCAUGAAUGUGGUUUCAUGUUAUUGUCUACAGACAGAACUAAGAUUGUGGACCCUCCCCAGGAUCUACGGGUUUUACGUGGAAAUGAUGCUGUUUUACACUGCAAAUUUACAGUGGACCGCAAGUUAAAACAACCCACGAUUCAGUGGAAGAAGGACAAACACAAGAUCACAUCUUCUGAUAAUGAUGACAAAUACAGUGAAUACUCCGACGGCUCUCUGAAGAUCACUGACGUUCAGAUGGAGGACUCGGGAAGCUACAGCUGUGAGAUCAGCACUAAACUGGACUCGGUCAGCGCCACCGGCUCCAUCACCGUGCUGGAUAAGCCUGCUUCUCCUCACUCUCUGGAGUUGUCUGAAAAGAAGGAGCGUAGUGUCACGCUGUCCUGGAUGCCAGGCGCUGAAAACAACAGUUCUGUAUCUGGUAAUUGA